GUAAAAAUGAGAGAAAUUUUGAACAUUCAAGGAGGCCAAUGUGGCAACCAGAUUGGUGCAAAGUUUUGGGAAGUCAUUUGUGACGAGCAUGGUAUCGAUCCAACGGGCCAGUACACUGGUUCCGCGGGUGAUUUACAGCUCGAAAGGAUUAAUGUGUACUACAAUGAAGCCUCGGGAGGACGUUAUGUUCCACGUGCCGUGCUUAUGGAUCUUGAGCCCGGUACCAUGGAUAGUAUAAGAUCAGGUCCUUAUGGACAGAUUUUUAGGCCUGAUAACUUUGUAUUUGGGCAAUCGGGUGCAGGAAAUAAUUGGGCUAAAGGCCAUUAUACGGAAGGGGCUGAGUUGAUUGAUUCGGUUCUUGAUGUUGUUCGUAAGGAGGCUGAGAAUUGUGAUGCUUUGCAAGGAUUUCAGGUUUGUCACUCGCUUGGAGGUGGCACAGGGUCGGGUAUGGGGACACUAUUGAUUUCAAAGAUAAGAGAGGAAUACCCUGAUAGGAUGAUGCUCACGUUCUCCGUUUUCCCCUCACCUAAGGUUUCGGAUACAGUUGUUGAACCUUAUAACGCAACGCUCUCUGUGCACCAAUUGGUUGAAAAUGCUGAUGAAUGUAUGGUCCUCGACAAUGAGGCCCUUUACGAUAUCUGUUUCAGGACUUUGAAGCUGACCACACCAAGUUUUGGUGAUCUGAAUCAUUUGAUCUCUGUAACCAUGAGUGGUGUAACAUGUUGCUUGAGGUUUCCAGGACAACUGAACUCUGACCUACGAAAGCUAGCCGUUAAUUUAAUCCCCUUCCCACGUCUCCAUUUCUUCAUGGUGGGGUUCGCACCCUUGACUUCUCGUGGGUCCCAACAAUACAUCUCUCUUAGCGUCCCAGAGCUGACUCAGCAGAUGUGGGACGCUAAGAACAUGAUGUGUGCAGCUGAUCCUAGACAUGGCCGAUACCUAACAGCAUCGGCCAUGUUUAGGGGUAAAAUGAGUACCAAAGAGGUGGAUGAACAAAUGAUAAAUGUUCAAAACAAGAACUCAUCAUAUUUCGUUGAAUGGAUUCCAAACAACGUUAAAUCAAGUGUUUGUGACAUCCCCCCAACCGGGCUGAAGAUGUCGUCAACCUUCGUUGGCAACUCAACUUCCAUUCAAGAAAUGUUCAAAAGGGUUAGUGAACAAUUCACUGCCAUGUUUAGGCGAAAGGCCUUUUUGCAUUGGUACACCGGUGAAGGAAUGGAUGAGAUGGAGUUCACCGAGGCGGAAAGCAACAUGAACGAUUUGGUGGCAGAGUACCAGCAGUACCAGGAUGCUACGGCCGAGGAUGAGCAAGACUACGAAGAGGAGGGAGGCGAAGAAGAUGAAGGUUGAUUGCUAACUUUGCCCAGAACAACUAUUGUGCUAUCGUUAAUUUGAUGUUCUACUGAUAAUGAGUUCUGUUUCGAGUCAUUAUAUGUUUAUUUCUAUACAUGGAUUUAUGUUUGUUUUGGAUUGUUUAAUGUACUUAAUUGGAUUCUUACUUAAUGCAACUAUUUCA